AUGAGGGACUCUACUCCUGGCCCGGCAAAGAAACAUCUGAACGGCAUCACCUUGUUUUGCCUGGCUUUUGUUAUAUGUAAUAGCUGGGCUGGUAUUGCCGGAAGCCUUCAACUAGCACUCAUGGCUGGAGGACCGGCCACUCUUAUCUACUCGAUCCUCGUCGCCACUUCAGCCUACUUUGCAAUAGCAGCAUCAAUGGCAGAGUUAGCAGCCGUUUACCCCACAGCAGGUGGGCAAUAUCACUUCGCCUCUAUCCUCGCCCCACAGCGAUGGAGGCGAGGGGUGUCAUAUACGUGCGGGUUAUUGGCGCUGUUCUCUUGGCUCGUUAUUGGAGUUUCUGUCACCAGCAUUACAGCUCAGCAACUCCUAGCUUUAGUAUCUACGAGCCUCUCGGAUUUUGUGCCUCAACCCUGGCACGUUUUCUUUGUCUACCAAGGAUUUGCGCUCUUUGCAAUGCUAUACAAUGCCUUUAUCCUGAAACGAACCCCCUGGACACACAAUCUUGCUUUUAUUCUUACAAUUGCCUUAUUUUUUGCGUCUUUCCUCCUCUUGCUUAUAAGAGGGAACCCGAAGGAAUCCCACGAGUUCGUCUGGAACACAUUCUUGAACUAUACUGGAUGGCCAGACGGCGUGUGUUUUCUCAUCGGUCUCUCGACGUCUUGCUACAUGUACAAUGGCCUCGAUGGGGCCAUGCAUAUGGCGGAGGAGUCCAGCAACCCUGAAAAAGUCGUGCCUCGCACUACGAUGGGUGCAAUUGGAAUUGGUUUCACCACUGGGUUUGCCUAUACAGUGGCCCAAAUUUAUGCUAUAUCGGACAUCCAAGAAAUCAUGACCACGAGUCAGUGGAUUCCGUUUGUGGUUAUGGAACAAGGGUUUCGAUCUCGCACAAUCGCUAUGGUUAUAGUUUCCUUCAGCAUUGUCCUGUCAAUGACUAUUAUCAUUGCUACUCAAGAAGCGUCGUCCCGCCUCGCCUGGUCUCUGGCACGCGAUAAAGGGCUGUUAUUCUCACAGCACCUCCAGGAUAUUCAUCCACGCUUCGACGUUCCAAUGUGGGGCUUACUCCUAGUCUGGCUGUUGACGUUUACAUGCGGCUUCUUAUAUCUCGCCUCGAAAACGGGCUAUAUUGUUAAUAUCUACGCGGUUGCAUUUAUCACCCUCAUGGCUGUUAUACUGUGUCUUCCAGUCACUAUCGCAACGGAUGCAUCUACAAUGAGGUUUUUUCUUUUGCUCGGUCUGGCAAAUUGGUGGCUGCAUGCCAAGGAACAGUACAAUGGCCCUGUGAUAGAAACGUGGGAGGGCCGUGAGGCUGAGCCAGCUCGCAUCGCCAUCCCUUCCCAGCCAAAAAAUAUGAAUGAAGGAAUUGCAUAG